ACCUCCUGUCUCAGCCGCUCAGCCCAUUCCACCCUCCGUUUUCCCAAUUUAUCGGCCGCUCGCUGCCUCCCUCCCCUCCCUCGCUCCGCCUACUUGUGCUUUGUCUGAUGGUUGUGCUGCUACCGGAAGAUUAGGGGAGAAGGCAAAGCUGAGCUGUAGAGCUGUUCCGAUGCGCCACAAGCGUUAUUCAACCAGUAACUUAUGGGAAUUAACUACCUGAACUGAAGUGGAGAGAAGGUGCACCCAAAAAUGGCUAUUACUUCUUGUGGUUCAAAUGGGAAGCAUAUUAAAAUUGAUGGUGCUGGUUCGUCUGAUGAGCUUGACUAUCUUCCAUUGAUACAACGGCGCAAUUUGUUACUUGUUGGAAAGCAAAAUUUGAAGUCCCUCAUUGGUGUUACGGUUAAAGAAGAAGAUGAGCUCUCCAAGUCACAAGAUGUUUCGUCUUUUCCUUCUGUCAGAGAAGUCAGAGUUGAAUUAUUGGAAGAAGAAAAAAAUCAGUAUUCUAUAAUUUCUAGCGGAGCUACAUCUGAACUCUUAGGCUGUAAAACUGUGGCAGAUCCCUCACUUGAUCAGCAUUUACAACAUGACUCUUGCAGCCAAAAUGUGGAAAUGCCUGGGGAUAGUGACUACACUGGGACAAAAGUAAAUACUUUUGUUUCUUCAGAGCAGAUCGUCUGUACUGAUUCUAAUAUUAAUGUUGCUCAACUAGAAAAAACUGAUGUCAAUAUUUCCAGUCUACCUGAAAGUCCAUCACCAUUAGAAGUUCAUGCCAAAGGAAAGGUUGCUUACUCUAGCGGCUUCUUUUGUUCAUCUGGAGGUGGUAUGAAUGGCUUUGCUGGUUCUUCUGUGUUAGCAGUUCAAGUGAAAAGUGAGAUCUCUGAUCACUCUACUUAUGAUCACCUGGACCACAUUUCCCUCAAAGAGCGACAAAAGAUGCUGCAAUCAAGGAAACUUUUCGGGUUUGAAAAAGCACUUAUUGAGGAUAUUCCAGGGCCACUGUCAAAAGACCUUAUGCAACAGCUUGCUUGUAAAGGACAGGCAGAUACUAGUAGUGCCGGUGGAGAAGCCUUAGUGGCUACCAGUUCACUUCAUGACAAUUCUGGAAGAAAUAGUUCAGUUGUUUGUAGAACUUCAAUGAUUAGUUCACCUCAUAAUGUCAUUGUUGAAGCAUUUUCUACAGCCUAUCAAUAUUCAGUUAAUUCCAAUAAGUCUAAUUAUGGUGGAAAAGGUUCUGAAAGUGAUAAGAAAUGCUCAUCUGAGAGAAUGCCUCCUAAUGCCAUGGAGUUAAGUUCAUGUGGGGGACAGGACUAUGUGCCUACAUGCACAAGUAGAAGGCAUUGUUCAACCCCGUCAACAUCUGUUAAAGUAAAGGAUGAACCUUGGGAUGACGGUGUCUUCCAAAAUCCGGACAGAAAUGCUGGGGGUAAGUUCUCCUUUGACAUACUGUCUGUAAAGAAUGAACCAAGAGUUUUCAAUGAAAUUAAUGAAGAUGAGGUUGAUCAUAUACGGCUGCGUGAUCGGUUGAAUCUGUUGGCAUCUGGUUAUGGCUGUGAAUUGAACAUAUCUAGGAGUCAUGGAUGUUUUGUUAAAGUUGUGCCUUCUGCCAAGUAUAGCCCUAUUGCCUCAGAAUCUGCUAAGCCAAUAAACGUCAUUCGUCCACGAAAACGGAAAAAGACUGCCACGGAUUCCGUUGAAACGGCGUUGGAGGAAGAUGCUCCAGGACUACUGCAGGUAUUAGUUGAAAAGGGGGUGCUGGUUAAUGAAAUCAGGCUUUACGGCGAGAUUGAGAGUGAAUCCUUAUGUGAAGACAACUUUGCGGAGCUUGAAGCUGUAAUAUCAAAGCUUUUCUCACAGCGUCAGCCGUUUUUUAAGUUUGCUCCGAUACGAUGCACCAAGGGCUCAAGAGCUACUUAUUGCUUGGCUUGUCUAAUUUCACUUGUGGAGCAGAGCCGUUAUCUGCAGUUCAGAAAUUGGCCGGUUGAAUGGGGUUGGUGCCGAGACCUUCAGUCGUUUAUAUUUGUCUUUCCUAAACAUAAUAGAAUUGUGCUGGAACGACCCGAAUAUGGAUAUGCAACAUACUUCUUUGAGCUAUUAGAUUCUUUACCUAUUGAAUGGCAAAUCAAGCGCCUAGUGACUGCAAUGAAGCUUACCAGCUGUAGCAGGAUUUCACUAAUUGAGGACAAAGCAUUAUCGGUUGGAGAAGACUUGACCGAAGGCGAGGCCCAGGUGCUAGUGGAAUAUGGUUGGGAACCCAAUACUGGUUUGGGAACCAUGCUCAAGUACCGUGGCAGAGUUGUUCAUGACAGAAGAAAUGAAACUGAUAGCUCGGAGUGGAGAUCAAAAAUAGGGAAGUUGCUAAUCGAUGGCUAUAAUGGUGGGACUCUGAUUACAAACAACAUCCCAAAGAAGGUUCUAGAAUACAGAGAUGCUCAAGGACCAGAAAUCAAGUUAGAGCUCUAAACUGAAUUAUGCUAAACUUGUAGAAAUAUUUUCCUCUUUCUCAAGGUCCUGCCAAGGUCGUUAAAGUUAGGUUAUGUCUUUUUUCUCGUCUUUUUUUUUUUGGGUCUGGAAAUUAGAUUUUAUGUCCUAGCAGCUAUAUAGACAUGGUUUAUUAGAAAAGAAAGACCAGAUUAUUUUUAUUUCUGUUCAGUGAUACUUUUUGAUAUAUGGUGAGGCCAACUUCGUUGCUUU